AUCUUAGGUUAUAACGAAUCUAGGUUAUGUAUUUUUAUGUGUAUAACCUCAAAAUAAACACGAUUUUAAAAUGAGUAAACAGGCGACGUUUGAAGUUAUUCUUGGUACAUAUGAGGAAUUUUUACUCGGAUAUUAUUUUUACGCUAAGCAAACCGAAGUAGUUCAAAGUUUUGCGUCACACGACCACAGCAGUAGUAUUCGUUCGGUAGCGUAUUCAGGAAAUUAUUUAGCAUCUGGUGGGGCAGACGACAAAAUUUUCAUUUAUGACUUGAAAACCAGAAAGGAACAUUGUGUGUUAACACAACAUGAUUCAACAAUAUCGGCUUUGCAAUUCACCAGCAACCAUUCCCAUGUGAUUUCAGGAAGUAGUGAUGGCGUUUUGGCCAUUGUAAGGACGGGAAACUGGCAAUUGGAAAAAAUUUGGGAGAAAGCCCAUAAAGGAAGUGCCAUAUUAGAUAUUGCAGUCCAUGAAUCUGGAAAGUUAGCCUUGACAUUGGGUUCAGAUUGCAGUUUAAGAACAUGGAAUUUGGUAAAAGGUAGACAAGCUUAUGUAAUUAACUUAAACAGUAAAAGCAAAGAUGCCAAGAGUUUGGAAAAAAUUGUUUGGGCCCCAGAUGGUGUUCAUUUUAUAUUAUAUGGAGGUAAAUAUAUAGAAAUUUGGAGCAUAGAAUCAGGUGGGAUUGUAAAAGUGAUUGAACUUAAAGAAAAAGUAUGUUCUUGUAUUUGGUAUACAGAUGAAAAGCUAAUAUUUGGGUUAGAAAAUGGUGAUUUAGGACAUUAUACAAUUGAAUCUGAAGAAAUAGAAACAUUCAAAGCUGGAGAAAGUCGAAUAAAAGCAAUUGCCACAUAUGAAAGUUAUAUUGUAACAGUGACAAGUUCUGGUGAAUUUAAAAUAUGGAAUAAAAACCUCAAAGAAAUUGUUGCACAUAACACUGGGUGCCGCAUUACAUGUUUGUGUAUUGUACCACAAAUUAAAGUUAAAAUUGAAGAAGAUACAAAUAUAUCUGAAGAGAUGACAAUUGUAGAUUCUCCACCAAAACCAUUAAAACCCAAAGUAAUUAUUGAAAUUGAAGAUACAGAUAAUGAUAUUACUAAUAUACCUAAGAAAAAAAAAGUAAAGAAGUCAAAGAACAGUAACAGUGAAGUUAAUAUUACAGAAGAUCAAAUAGCCUCUGUACCUAAAAAAAAGAAGAAAACAAAUUUAAAUAAUAGUGAAAGUGAAAUUGGAAAUGCAGAUAAUGUAGUAACCACUGCACCUAAGACAAAGAAGGUAAAGAAUUCAAAAAUCAAUAACAGUGAUACUAAUAAUGUUCUGGAAGAUCAAACAGCCUCUGUACCUAAGAAAAAGAAGAAAAGGCAUUUAAAAAAAUGUGAAAAUGAAAUUGAAGAAGCAGAUGAUGCAGUAUCCACUGCACCUAAGACAAAGAAGGCAAAGAAUUCAAAAAUCAAUAAUAGUGAUGUUAAUGUUAGAGAAGACCAAAUAGUCUCUGUACCUAAGAAAAAGAAUAAAAUGCAUUUAAAAAACAAUAGAAAUGACAUUGAAGAUGCACAUUAUAUACAGACAACUGCGCCCAAGAUAAAAAAGGCAAAGAUUUUUAAGAAUAGUGUUAUUGAAAUUAAUGAAGAUAACAUUAAUGGAAAACAAGAAAAUAGGACGAGUAAAAAAAAAAAAUAAAAAAAGAAAACUUGAUAAUUAAGAAAACUAAUUGUUAAUAUGUUUGUUUUUUAUAAACCAAAUAAAAUUUACAACAGUUUUUAA